AUUGUUAUUGUGCAAAACACAUAGAAAACAUGGAAAGCCAUUUUAUUCUGAAGGAUCCCCGCCAGAAGUAUUUGUGUAGUUGCUGCUGGGGGAUCGCAGCCUGGAAAAAACUUGUUUGGCAGCUGGUCUGAAAUGAAUUUGCUGUGAAAUGGACUUUAGUAUCGGUGUACCAAACACAGACGCAACAGUCAGAGAGUCUCCAACACUGAGCAGGAUCACAGGAUCUGGACGGGCCUCUACCAACGACAGCACAGAGGUCUCUCCAUACUCUGGCUUCGCAACAAACACAGUCUGUUUUUUCCUUUCUGGACAAACACAACUUUCUCUUCAACACUUCCCGUCUCAUUGUUCUUCUGCUGACUCGACCUUCCCUUUCUUUUCUCUCGUCUUCACUUUGUGAGCAUCCUGUAUUCUGUUUGUGAAAAUGGACGACGCAGAGCCGGUGCAGCCCAGCCUCAACUCCUCCUAUAUUCCGACUGCUCAUGACAACCACCAAGUAUCUGAGGAUGAGGACACUGAGGACCAGAGUCCCGCUGCUUCACUCCUUCCCAAACAGUCCUCGGUGCCUCUGGCUGUUCACUACAGUCCAGAGGACUCUUACUGCUUGGUGUACCUCAUCUUCUUUCUGAUGGGCAUCGGCUCCCUGCUGCCCUGGAAUUUCUUCAUAACAGCCAAACACUACUGGCACUACAAACUGAGUAACAACACUCAUGGCGGUAGCGGUGGGGAGCAACGUUCAGACCUCAGUGACUACUUUGAAAGUUAUCUGGCCAUUUCCUCCACAGUGCCCUCUGUACUGUGUCUGAUACUGAACUAUCUCCUAGUAAACAGGUUGUCUCCAAAGGUGCGGAUCCUGUCGUCUCUUUUUGUCAUCCUGUUGGUAUUUGUGGGGACCACAGUGCUGGUGAAGGUGGACGUGUCAGGCUGCAGGGUGGAGUUCUUUAUUGGCACGUUGGCCAGCGUGGCUGUCGUCAGCGGAGCCUCCAACCUCUUGUCUGGCAGCGUGUUCGGGAUCAGUGGCCAUUUCCCCAUGAGGAUUUCUCAGGCCCUUAUAUCAGGCCAGGCCAUGGGAGGCACGUUGAGUGCAGUAGCAUCAAUAGCUGACCUUGCAUUGGCGAAGGAUGUGACAGACAGCGCUCUGGCCUACUUCCUGACAGCCGACUUCUUCAUCCUGCUCUGCAUCGUCAUGUAUCUGCUGCUGCCCAAGCUGCCAUAUUCACGACACUACAUGCUAGCAGCAACAUGUGCAAGUCCAGGAGUGAUGAGUGAGGGGGGAGCAGCAGCAGGCACAGGGAGCACAGCCUCCAUCCCGCCACUGCGGCCUAUCCUCAAGAAGACGUGGGUGCUCGGCCUGAGUGUCUUCUAUGUCUUCUGCAUCUCUAUCAUGGUGUUCCCUGCAGUAUCCUCAGGCAUCCUGUCUGUCAACAAAGACAGCAGCAGCCCAUGGACCACCACUUACUUUGUGCCCCUCACCGCUUUCCUCCUGUAUAACAUAGCAGACUUCUGCGGGAGGCAGGCCACAGCCUGGCUGCAGGUUCCCGGUCCCACUAGCCGGGUCUUGCCUCUGCUGGUGCUGUGCCGCUCUGUCAUAGUGCCACUUUUCAUGUUGUGUAACUACCAGCCGAGAAACCACAUCCACACAGUGCUUUUCACCCACGAUGUGUACCCUGUGGUCUUUAACUGCCUGCUAGGCCUCUCUAAUGGCUACCUAGGCACUCUGCCAAUGAUAUAUGGUCCUAAGGUGGUACCUCGGGAGCUGGCAGAGGCCACAGGAGUGGUCAUGUCCUUCUUCCUCACUCUGGGACUGGCUGUUGGAUCUGCCUUCUCCGUGCUGAUCGUGCACUGCAUCUAAGGAGCCUCUUAUGCAGUAACCUAGUCAUUUAAAGUGGCGCAGUCCAGCUGUACAGUAGACAGCUGGACAAUAAUGAAUACCAGAACCUCAAAGCACUGUAAUACAAAGUGCAUCAAAAUAUCCAUUAAUCUGCCGUGAGGGAAAAAUGCUGCUCUUAACCAUAAAGUCUUAACUCUUUCAUACCUUACAUUAAUGUGUAAUGUUUACACUGAUGUGGGCUUAUGUUGUGAGCCUCAGGGCUGUCUGCCAUGAAAUGGUUUCUACAUAUUAGAGGUCAGGAAAUGGCUCUUAGUGCAACAUUAGCAAUCGGUGCAGUCCAAAGGGGACACUUGAUUUAACAAAGCUUUAAUUUUUUUUUUUUUUUUUACAUGAAAACACAUUUUGCACAAAUUUCUGUGGUUUAUGGGAUGAAUAAUUGUAGUAUACAAUAUAUUAUGUCAAGGGUGUUGAAUGUUAUUUUAGUUCAACUUUAACCAUACAGAUGGCAAAGAAGCACCACAGCUGAUUGAGGCAUACAGCCUGAAAAACAUUGCUAAUUGUUGAACAUGUGGUUGAGAAACUUUUUACCCAAGCUUGAGCAGACUUUAUAAACUGAACAUUUCCAGUAACAACUCCUUAAUUUGUCAUUUUCAAAUGUGAAUUUGAGCUGCAGUCCAUUAGAAGCGAUAAAAAGUAGCCAUUGUGUCGUUGUAAAUAUUUGAUGUUUAUAAGAAAAAACUUCAAACCUAUAAGCCUUUGUCUGCAUUUUCAAUAUUUUGAUUUUUUGUAUACCAUCUUUCUAACUAGUAGUUAAGUAGCAUUCCUUUACUUCUACAUUACACAAAUGUCUAAAAGCAGUAAUAUAGUACAUUAAAAUCUGAGGUAACUUUUUAUUUCUCCAUAAAUUGAUUAUUCUCUUGUAGCAAAAUGGAUUAAAGCAAAUGCCUUGGAGAAAUUAUUCUAGAGAUUUAU